CUUUACUUUUUAUUAAGCAUCAGAGCACUCCCCCUUUCCAUUAACACUUUUCCACUCACCUGCACCACCAGCACUACCAUUCGCCGCCGCAACAACAAUGUCAUCAGUAGAGUCUCUCAUCCUCCAACUCCACGAAAUCUCCGCCGUUAAAUUUGGCAACUUCAAGCUAAAAUCCGGCAUCUCUUCCCCUAUCUACAUAGACCUCCGCCUAAUCGUCUCCUACCCUUCCCUCCUCCGCCAAAUCUCCCAAUCCCUCCUCUCUUCCCUCCCUCCCCAAACACCCUUCAACCUCAUCCGCGGCGUUCCUUACACCGCCCUCCCGAUCGCCACCUCCAUCUCCCUCGACACCUCCAUCUCCAUGCUCAUGCGCCGCAAAGAAGUGAAGGAUUACGGUACCGCAAAGUCCAUCGAAGGCGUUUACGAAAAGGGUCAAGUUUGUUUGAUAGUUGAAGACCUCGUAACAUCUGGAGCAUCGGUUCUUGAAACCGCUGCGCCGUUACGGGCGUUGGGAAUCAAGGUGACGGACGCCGUGGUGGUUAUAGAUAGAGAACAAGGCGGAAGGCAGACGUUGGAGGAGAAUGGGAUUAAGCUUCAUGCUCUGUUUACUUUAACACAGAUGGUUAAGGUUUUGAGAGCGAAAGGGAAGUUGAAGGCGGAGAUGGAGACUUUGGUUAUGAAGUUUUUGGAAGAGAACAAGGAAGUGGCGGUGCCUAAGGUUGAGAAAGCGAGGGUUAAGAGUUUGGGGUUUGAAGAAAGGGCUAAGUUAGCUAAGAAUCCAACUGGGAAAAAGCUCUUUGAGGUUAUGGUUAAGAAACACAGUAAUCUUUGUUUGGCUGCUGAUGUUGGGACUGCUGCUGAGUUGCUUGAUAUUGCUGAGAAGGUUGGACCAGAAAUCUGUUUAUUGAAGACUCAUGUUGACAUAUUCCCCGAUUUCACUCCAGAUUUUGGUUCUAAACUUCGUGCGAUUGCAGAAAGACAUAACUUUAUGAUCUUCGAAGACCGUAAAUUUGCCGAUAUUGGUAACACAGUGACAAUGCAGUAUGAAGGUGGUAUCUUCCGUAUAUUGGAUUGGGCUGAUAUUGUUAAUGCACACAUAAUCUCGGGUCCUGGAAUUGUUGAUGGUCUGAAGUUGAAGGGUUUGCCUCGCGGUAGGGGACUGUUGCUACUGGCAGAAAUGAGCUCUGCUGGUAACCUUGCUAAGGGAGACUACACGGCUGCUGCAGUAAAAAUUGUAGAAGAGCAUUCUGAUUUUGUCAUUGGUUUUAUCUCUGUCAAUCCGGCAUCAUGGUCUGGGGCACCGGUAAAUCCAGCAUUCAUUCAGGCAACCCCUGGAGUCCAAAUGGUAAAGGGUGGUGAUGAUCUUGGCCAGCAGUAUAACACUCCAUAUUCUGUCAUCUUUGAUAGGGGUAGUGACAUAAUAAUUGUGGGGCGCGGAAUCAUAAAGGCAGCAAACCCUGCAGAGGCAGCUCGCGAAUACCGCCUUCAAGGAUGGGAAGCAUAUAAAGCUAAAUGCAGUUGAGAGAGAUGUUUUAGGUUCUGAACCUGUUGCUUGAAACUGAUACACACACUUCCCUAAUAACAAACAGUUGAAUUUUGUUUAAUCAAUAAGUUGACAUGCUUGGCACGUUAGUAUGCGGAAUGCAAUCCUUGAACCAGAGGUUUUGAGCUAGGAAUACCCUUUAAUCCUUGUAUUCUGAGGCUAUAUAUAUAUAUAUAUAUAUUCACAUGCA